AUGGAUGUUAAAGUAAAGGUGAUAAAAACGGAAGUUGUGACACCAAAUCCACCAUGUCAUGAGCACUGGCUGCCUUUUACAAACUUGGAUUUGUUGGUGCCACCAAUUGAUACGGGUUCGUUUUUAUACUACAAGAAACCAUUCAAGCAUGUACAUGUUGCAAAAAUGAUAAGUGACCUCAAGACUUCUUUAUCUCGAGCACUAGGCUUGUACUACCCGCUUGCCGGGCAAAUUAAGGCCAACAUGGGCAGUGAACUUGGGAUUUACUGCAACAACAGAGGCGUCGUCUUUAUAGAAGCCAUUGCUGACAUUGAGCUACGAGAACUCAACUUCUAUGAGCCCGAUAAGAACGCCGGAGGUAAACUAAUGCCUGAAAGGCGUCGUGGGGUGCUUGCCGUUCAGGUCACCAUGUUGAAAUGCGGGGGAAUGGUGUUAGCAUGCUUGUAUGAUCACCGAGUAGUAGAUGGCUAUUCGGUCAACUUGUUCACCCAUUCAUGGGCAAAUAUGACUACUCUAUCCCGGCCACCAACUCUAAUCCCAAAUUUUCGUCGUUCAGACCUCAAUGCCAGGCGUCCGCGGACCUACACACCUUAUGUGGCCAACAUGUAUAUUCCUUUGUCGAAUCUCAGAUUACCUCAAACCAAUUCUAGAAGUCCAUAUCAAGACGCGCUUAAAAAUCAAAUAUACUAUAUAAAAGGUGACCAAAUCAAGAGUCUUCAGGGUUUGGCUAGUGAGAAUGGAUGUCCAAGGUCUCAAAUGGAGUCGGUUGUGUCUUUCUUAUGGAAGAUUACUGCUUCGUUCUUGGAGGAUUCGGGCCAUCUUGGUUAUAUGUGCAACCUCAUAAUUCCAAUGGAUGGAAGAAGGUGGUUAAGUGACGGUGAAGGAAUUGAGAAGGAGAAACAAAUCGGUGCCCGUUGCGGUAAUGUUUUUUCUAUGCCUUUCAUUGGGAUCCAAUCAAAGGAUCUCAAGGACAUGCCAUUGAGUAAAUUGGCAAACGAGGUACACGAGUUGCUAGAGAGUGUAUCCACCAAAGAACACUUCAAAGGAUUGAUAGAUUGGGUUGAGGAUCAAAGACCGAAAACUUUAAUAUCACGACCACUAGCUGAAAACGAGAAGGGAGCCUCAAUCAUGGUGACAUCGGGAGUAAAGUUUUUGCUUAAGGGUAACAAGGAUUUUGGAAUGGGAAAACCAGCGUUUGUGUCAUGCUAUGUCCCGUCGGCCAGAUGGGACUGGCAUGUCAUGUUAUUACCCAGUCCUGUCAAUGAGAACGACUGGAUUGUCUACAUGCAUUUGCCGAAGAAGCAUUUGAACUACAUUGAAGCACAUGCUAGUCAUCUGUUUAAGCCCUUGACUGCUCCCUACCUUAACUUGGUUUUAAACCAUUGUGUUGCAAGGAUGUGAUGAUAUGUAAACAUCUUAAUUAGCAUGUAACAUUAAUUACUUAUAAGAG